AUGUCCAUGUGUACUCCUGACAGGGGAUUCGAGCGAGACAAGCCAGACAAGUAGACGCCUUAACCUGGACCUUCAUCCUCGGGUAACUGGGAGAUUCUCAUGUUGGUGAUGACCACACCUGCCAGGAUUGAGGGGGCUCAUGUAUUUACCACUCACUGAAUCUCAUCCCUGCAAUCUAACCCCAUCCUGAUGUUAUGGAGAAUUAACAGAUUAGGGAAAUGCGCACUACAUUAGGAUAUAUGCAUAUCCCUUCAGUUAUUUCCUUCUCAUUGCUCUUUCAUUGACUGCAUCCACGCUAUAUACCAUGGUAAUUUCAUAUGAAACUAAUUCAUUUAAUGAUUCUCGUUCGUAGUUCUCUAUUUAUAAAACCAAAAUAUUACUAUAUAUCCCGAGCUGUUGAAUAACUCGCCGGUGUUGUUCAAGUGAUAAUUUCUGAAAUAAACUGUCAGCCAAAUGCUCGCGUGAUUAAUGGAGCUUUUGAGUUAAUAGAACUAGCUUUCAAGUUGAGCAUGCCGAGUGUCUCAUCGUUCAUAUCCUUUGUUUCACGUGGUUCCUAGAGGGAUGCUUAGAGUGACGAAAAUGGCUUCGGAUGACUUCAGGGACCCAGGCUUGGAGGGAUGGGGCACACCUUUUAUGGUUCCUGAACUCCAUGCCUUCUUCUUAUGGCACUUUACUACUUGGGCUAUGCCCUGAAAACUAUGGCAAGGGAAUCCAAUCCAUCAGAUAUCUUUGUCAGGGUUUGCUGAGCUGCUUUUAUGGGCUGGGCCAGUGAUCCUCAUUAGGCAAUUGCCCCUCAGUUUUUGCAUCACGACAUCAUAAUCAGCUAAUCUCCCGUUAAUUUAUACGCAGUUUUCAGAUAUAUGUGCGUCAAAUCGUUGUCGUAACGUUGACUUGUUUAUGGGUAGAAGCCCAACGCAUCCUCGUGGGUUUCCAAAGUCAACUUUUUCCGUUCAAGUUUCGUUCUUGCAGGAUUAAGCUCUCUGCCUCUGAUUUCUGAGUCUUCAGCAUGGGUGUCUAUGAUUUCUCCAGAAAAGCGUUGCUGACUGAUGUUUUUCGCAGAAGAAGCAGAAGACCCAACACCACGUGGGUGACACCCCCAGAGCAGCUGCCGGAGAUCUGUCUCUGAUCGAGCGGGGCGAAUCAGCCGAUGGUUCCUCAUCCGUCAAUCGUAUUCUGCGGCAACCGCAGAGGAGGUCGCCGAGAUCACUCUGCCUGCUGAAGUUCAGCACCUUCGAGAGGAAGCGCGUCCCCGUCGGGCCUGCUUUCCAGGCCGACAUCCCUCAGUGGAAAGGCCGGAGCUCGAAGAAAUGGGACAACUCCGACGAGUUGCGGCGGCUCGGAACCCUAAUCUUGCCUCCGUUGCUUGACCUCCCCCGGACGAAACGGGAAGAAGAAGAAGAAGAAGCAGUCAUCCGGAGAGGAAGGCCGGAGAUGUGCGGCUGCUCGUCGCCAAGGUCCGUCCUCUGCGUCAGAUCCCACGUAGCCCAGUCGAGGAUUGAACUGAGGUGGAGCCUGGGGAAGGCUUUCGGCGCGCUGGGGUUCGACGGCAUGGGCGAAGAGGUCUCUGGUUCUUGGACCUUGGCGGAGCAGCAGAUAUUCGAAGCGCUGGUCCGGCUGAACCCUCCCUCGGACGAGAAGAGCUUCUUGGAGCCCGCGUUGAAGCUGUUCGGGUCCAAGACCAGGCGGGACAUCGUGAGCUUCUACUUCAACGCCUUCGUCUUCCGCAGGAUGGGCAUCCAGACGAGGCUGAUAGGUUGCGACGCCGACAGCGACGACGACGAGUUUGAUGUCGAGCCUUUCGAGGAUCUCUACCCGAGGGCUGCUUACAGAGUGUGA